UGCCCCCUUUGGUUUGACACCUGAGUUUCCAAGAGUGUUUUUUAUAUAAUAAAGUUACUUGCAGUUAUUUACAAUGGAAAAGCUUGUUUCGGCCAAAACGUGCCUUAAAUUCGUGCAGAUGAUGCCCAGCGUGCCACAGGCUGUGACUUCUGGUGGCCUGGGGGGCAUAUUGGCACCGGCGCUCCAGAACAUGCUCCAGAUGCAGCAGGUGCGCCAUCGACAGACCAAGCACUGGGCACCGCAGUUCAAGCGGUUGCGUAGGCAAAAGUUUGUGAAAAUUGAGCUGCCAAAUUUACGCGAAAAGCCAGAAGACAUCAGCAAGGAGGAGAUGCGCAGCCGUAUGAAGGAACGUGGUGUGCUGCCGCCCCGACCCUGGAUGGAGCGUCCAUUUCACAUCAGUUGUACUGGCGGCAUAUUCGAGGCAUAUGUCCCACCUGAGGGCGAUGGCAAGAAGUCCAUAAUCUCCUCCACCGGAGCCAAGCAGAAACUAGAGUUCCUGGAAAAGAAGUCCAAGAGUCUGAUGGCCGUACGGAAAAUACGCUCGUACGAUGAGAGCUAUAGCAACGACCAGUUCGGAGCCGAGGCCCAGGAGAUCUAUGUAGCGGCCCACACGCACAUGGCAGCCAAGGAGAAGUACAAGAUACGUGAAUAUGUCAGCGAGCGUUGCUAUCCCGAGAUGAUGCACAACGUCAAGGACAAGACCAUUCACUGGCGAUUCCUGCAGUCCCUGGAGCCCCCUCGCGUGGUGCAUGCUCGAUGCACUGAAGUGAUCACCAAGGAGAACCAGUUUGCCCAGGUUACGGUGCGCUUCCACACACAACAGAUGCUGGCCAUCUACGAUCGCUUUGGUCGCCUGAUGCACGGCAGCGAGAUCCUCACCAAGGAUGUGCUGGAGUACGUGGUGUUUGAGAAGCACAUUUCCAACGAGUACGGCAAGUGGAGGCUGCACGACAAGAUAAUUCCCGACUGGCUCCCAGCCAAGCAGCCGUCGCCCAUUACCUAUCGCCUCAUCGAGGAUGUCGAGGAGGAGCCACCGAAAGAGUUCAGUGCUGGCGAUGAGGCCAAACAAGUGGAGGCAGGCAGCGAGCAGCCAAAGGAGCCACUGCAACUGGUCACCCCACCUGAGCGCAGUUCAAAGCCCACGCUGGCCAUUUGAUUGUAUUUUUUCUGGGCCGCCUGGCGGCUCAGACGACCGCACGUUAAUGUUGUAUGAUUUUGAGCUGAGACUAGGCUAAAGAAACAUUUAAUUUUUAAAAAUGA